UUCCAUUCCAUUCAUCAUCUGCCCCGGCCCCCGGGCAAGCAGGCAGGCAGGCAGAUCGCUCUCCCCCUCUCCAAUCCCCAUCGCCCACUCCCACUCCACUCCUCUCCCUCUCCGUCCUCCGCGUCGAUCCAUCCACCCAUCCAUCCAUCCUCCAUCUCAUUUAAACCCCCCACGAACACCAAGCCUCACUGGCUUCUGCCGCGCCAGCGCAGCCCCCACAUGCUCCUUCUUGUUCUUCUUGAUUACUGGAAUCCAUAGCGGCAGCAUUCCGUCGCCGACACGUACGCGGCACCGACGCGCGCGCUAGCUAGCUGCUGGCUGGUCCGAUGGCGGCGGCGGCGAGGGGACCGCCGGUGACGCUGCGGGACUUCCUGGAGCUGGGCUGCGACUCCAGCAGCGACGGCUUCCGCUCCUACCCGCGCUGCCUGCCAUGGAGCGACGAAGCGCUGCAGGUGCCCGUGCGGCUCCUCGUCGAGGCCGACCACCUCCGCCGGAGCCCCUCGCGGUCGCCGUCCUCGCUCUUCUCCCUCGCCAAGAGCCCCGGCCCCGGCGCGCUCGCAAGGAUCUCCAGCCUCUCCAGGAGCUUCUCGCGCCGGAUCAAGGAGGGUUUCUGGAGGCGCCGAGAGGACGAGGAGGAGGACGACCUUUACUUCGACGACCGGGACUCGUGCGGGUUCCCCUCGCCGCAGGUCAGCAGCUGCUCCGCGUCGGACUCGGAGUCCGAGUACGCCGAGGCCGACGACGUCGCCAUUGAUGAGAAGAUGGCGUGCCCGGCCACGUCGCAGCCCGCGUUCCAGUGUUCAAGCUCGGCGGAACACGACUGCACCGACGCCGGCGCGCCUGGCGCCGCAGGAGACGGGAAGAAGAUGCAGGCGGUAGCGGCGGAUGGCGAUUCGGCGGUGGGGCGCGGCAAGUUGGGGAUGGAGGACAAGCAACAGCUGAGCCCCGUGUCCGUUCUGGAUUUCCCCUUCGAUGACGACGACGGCGACGAGCGGAGCGACGCCGGCACGUGCUCGCCUUCCUUCCACCGCUGCCCGCCACCACCUGAUCUUCUCCACAGUAGGACGAUGACGAAGCAGGCACAGCUGCUGCACAAGAUCCGACGGUACGACGGCAUUGCGCAGGCAGUCGACCCCGUGGAUCUCGAGGCACGGUUCACCACCACCUCCGAGUCCGGCGAGUCCGUCGACGCGAGCACGCAUCCCGCAACCACGAGCUCCUGCACGGACACCACCAGCAGCGCGACAACGACGAAGACGGCGUCACGCCACGGCGAGGAGCACCAAAGCGUCGAGCAGCCAUCACAAGAGCCGGAAGAGCCCGACGAGUACCGCCUGCUCGCGCGGCUGCUCCUGGAAGACACGGUGGCCGUCGUCGACGAGGUCUCGCAGGUGCUUCUGCUCGAGUUCUUCACGGAGGGACUCGACCGUCUCCGUUGUUCCUCGGCGGCCGGAUCGGUGGUCGGGGCGAUCAUCAGUCCGCGGGUGGACGACGAGCGCGACAAGGUGGCGGCGGAGGCGCUGGUGCGCGCGGCCGCGGAGUGGCUGCGGGGCGCGGGGGCCCAGUGGGGCAUCAGGGACGUGAUGCUCUCGGGGAAGGCGGCGCUGGAGGACAUGGAGCGGGGCCGGCGGUGGAUGUGCGUGGGCGAGGAGGAGCGGGAAGUCGGCGCGGCGGUGGAGGGGUUCGUCAUGGACGAGCUCGUGGACGAGCUGGUCGAGGAGUUGGCGCCUUGUUGGCACGGUGAUGGCCGUCGACGGAGUAGCAGGUAGGAAGUGCUCGUCAUCACUGGAUGUUGUCCGAAGAACGUUAACUUGAAUGUUGACGUCACGAGGUCCGGCCGUGGACAGAAGAGCGUGUACAUGUCCGAGGUAGCUACUAGUUCAAAAUUUUGUGGUUUUAUAGCUGGGAUUAUGAUCCAUGCGUGAUGCGUCC